UGGGUCCAGAUGGUCCGACUGUCAGAAUAACAAAAGUACUGCCCACGAUGGUCACACUGGAGAUAGAUGUCCCAGAAAAUGAUGGGGGACAACCUGUGACGGGCUACUUCUACAGUUUUUUCCCCUUUAACGACACAACUGAAGGAAAGGACAGACACAUGGAUUUGUAUGUAGAAGCUGAUGAGGGCACCACAACACAUGUCGACUUACGGAACCUUCUAGCAAAGACAACAUAUGUUUUAGAAAUUCGAGCCAAAAAUAGUGUUGGCCAGGGGGAGCUGACUACAGAACAGUUUGAGACCACUGAUGUCAGCAAGCCACAGCAACUAAAUAUGACCUCCAAACUGGAGAGCUCGGAACCCACAUCUUAUAAAGUCACCUGGUCAGAACCAUAUAAUGGUGGCUCCCCCAUCGUACAGUAUACCAUCAAGUACAAGAAGGUGACAGUUGUAGACCCACUAUCUCCACAGUGGGUGGUAGAAAGUGAUCUUGACAAAAGUUUCACAGAGAGAACAGUUACGGAUCCUAAUGCUCGUGGCUAUACCAUUGAGAACCUGGAUCGUAACAGUUUCUACGAAAUCCGUAUCACUGCCAGAAACAAGGAGGGCGAGUCCGUCGAGGAGGCCAGAAUAAUCAAAACUGCUGCCGGAGGUGGUAGCCGAGCAGGUCAGACUGUUGAUGAAGGAGAGGGAAGUGAUGAGGAGAAAGUUACUGAUGAUAAUGAUCAGAACGAUAUUAAUGUUGGUGUUGUGGAUAAUGAUGGAAAAGAUGAGACAAAUGAAGUGAAAACUGGUGACACAUUAGGACAGAAGUCUGUUACAGACAGCACAGGAUCUGCCAGUCUGGGAUCUGGGACACUGGCCGGCAUUAUCAUCGGCAUCCUCAUCCUUGUUCUCAUCAUCACUGUGGUCCUCUUCCUGGCCCUCAAGAGAAAGCCGGAGCUGGUGGGCAGACUGCGUGGCCUUGGAGGCAAAGGUGGAGAAGAGGAACGAGGGAAGGGUGACGAUGGAAAAGAUCCCGCGGAAGAGGAGAAACUCAUCAAGAAGGAAGAUGCUGUGAAGGUGGAGAACGAGACUGAAGAAAGUAAACCUGAGCAGGCGGUGGAGGAAUCUCAGGAAGAGUUUGAACCUGACAGUAAACCCGAGGUACAGCCCACACCUGAAGCUGGAGCUCAGAAUGGAGUAGAUAAGUCCCCAGAACUGAGUGCCCCCGCUGCAACCACAGAAAUCAAGAUUACACCAGAAACACCAGAGAAACCAGAGAACCCUCCAGCCUGA